UUUCCUUUUCACAGACCCACUUCUGCCAUUGUUUCUCCUUUAACUGAGUCAUAUUUUCUCGUUUCAGACACAACCUUCCAUCAAGAUCUCCAUCAAGAAGUAAUGAAAUUUACUGGAGAUUUAUGCAAGAAAUUUAGCUCUUAGGAAGAAAGGAGAGAUACAUUGGUUUAAGAUACCGGAUAUUCUUGUCAAGUUCAACGUCCUGGGAUAUAUGUAGAGUAAGAGUGCAUUUAUUAAGUAGGACAUUGAAAGUCAUAAGUGUACACUUUCCAGGAUUAGAAAUAUUGAAGCUAAUUCUGGAAGAUCUCUCGUCAGAAAAGAUACCACUGUCCAUAAGAGAGAGGAGCCAUUGUGUGUAAAAAAAUUUGGAAAUCAGUUCUAUUAGGAACGCCACCUCGGAACUUGAAUGUCCGGACGUUCACUGUGGAGGGCAGCAGUUCAGAUUCCCAGAAACAAAUUCAAUUGAAGCAAAUUAAAACUCACCAUGGAAAAAAGUGGGAAAGCUUUGGCUCAGAAAACUCAUCCUAACAGUCAUGUGAGGGCUCACAUUUUUGAGAAUCUGUUCAGGUGUAAAUACUGUGGGAAAGUAUUUUCUUAUAAAGCUAAUCUUGACACUCACGUGAGGGUUCACACUGGAGAGAAGCCAUUUAAAUGUAUUGAGUGUGGGAAAGCUUUCUCUGAGAGAGGUAAACUUAAAAUGCACUUGAGGGUUCACACUGGAGAGAAGCCAUUUAAAUGUAAUGACUGUGGGAAAGCUUUUUCUCAAUUAGGUGGUCUUAAAAUGCACUUGAGGGUUCACACUGGAGAGAAGCCAUUUAAAUGUAAUGACUGUGGGAAAGCUUUUUCUCAAAUAGGUAGUCUUAAAAUUCACUCAAGGGUUCACACUGGAGAGAAGCCAUUUAAAUGUAAUGACUGUGGGAAAGCUUUUUCUGUGAAAAGUUCUCUUAAUUUUCACAUGAGGGCUCACACUAGAGAGGAGCCAUUUAAAUGUAAUGACUGUGGGAAAACUUUCUCUGAGGAAGGUACUCUUAAAAUUCAUAUGAGGGUUCACACUGCAGAGAAGCCAUUUAAAUGUAAUGACUGUGGGAAAGCUUUUUCUAAGAAAGGUACUCUUAAUAUUCACAUGAGGGUUCACACUGCAGAGAAGCCAUUUAAAUGUAAUGACUGUGGGGAAGCUUUUUCUGAUAAAAGUAAUCUUAAAAUUCAUAUGAGGGUUCACACUAGAUAAAAGCUAUUUAAAUGUAGUGACUGUGGGAAGGCAUUUUCUCGGGAAGCUUCUCUUAAAAUUCAUAUGAGGGAUCACACUGAAGAGAAGUCAUUCAAAUGCAGCAACUGUUGGAAAGCAUUGACCCAAAAAGAUCAUCUUUCUGGGCAUAAGAAGG